AUGCCUGAUAUGAGUUCAGACUCUGAAAUCACUCAAAAAGUCACACAAACUGUUGAUGCAAGUUGUUCGAUACCGAAAGUGACAGGAGACAAGAAAACUAGAGAAAGAAGUAUGAGGAUAGCUCGUGGGCAUCAAAUUUUUAAGAACAUUGAGUCAACACUUUGUGGUGCUGACAGAAGCAGAAAAGCACUAGAUCAAGAAAAAGAGCUUGUCCGGUCGUAUACAAGAUUGCGAAUAAAAAAUCCAUUAUCACCUGUACAGUGUUGGUCGUCAGAACCUCAUAGUUCUUCUAUAGUAACGGUUGAUGAACUCAUGGAUUUGUUCGACCUUGCUGUCAGCAAUAAGUAUUUGAAGUUUGACGAAUUAAAAACUGUUUUGAAUGAUGCAAAUCUAACUUUGAGCGAUGAAGACUGGAGCAAAUUUGCUUGUCAUGUUGCAAAUACUGCAAUUCAAGAAAUCAGAGGAUUCGCGAUAGAUGCAGCUAUUUUGGCUGUCGGGCAAAAAGGUUUCCGAUCAGCUUUUGCUCAAGAAGUGAAUAUUUUGAUGUCGAAUUACGUGUUUGAAGAAAAGGCAGAACAAGGAGUUCCAGAGCUUGUUGCUCAGCUUUUAAUUGCAAAUUGGCCCCGAGCACAUGCACAUUGUGAUUUGGAAUCGAAUGAUAUUUUAUUCUGUAUAGUUUCAUCAAUUAAAGGAUGGCUGUUGACAAUAAUUGGCGAGACGGAUGAAGUCGAAGAAGUUGAGUCAAGCUGUGCUUGUGCACUAUAUGAAGUGUGUCGAUUCGCGCAACGUAAACUUUGGAUGAAAUGGCCUGAAUUAGUGGAUGAAUGUUAUGUUGCCGUAAAAAAUGCUAUAACCUUAAAUAUCACGUUAACCAAAGAAGCACGGAAAGCUCUGCUGGAUACUAUGAUUAUGAUGCACGAAUGGACUAGUCGACACGCAAAAACACUGGUUAAUGAAAGCACACAAACUUGUAGAUCGUACUUGUAG